AUUCGAGCUACAAUGCUCGCCACCCAAACUCGACCACUCUAGCUAGCGAGCACUCAGUUUUGCAAGGACGACAAUGGCGGCUUCAGUUGUGGCUUGGCGGCGGCAGCUACACGCUGUUUUGAGUCCUAUCAGAGGCAACAGAAGCACCUUCUUCAAUGGAUCACUACUGUUAUCAUCAUGCCGACAACCAGUGGUUGCUCAUCAUUGGCCGUCAUCAUCAUCUAUCUUUAUUCGAAGCACAACACACAGCAGCAGUGACGGCCAGCAAUCACAUCAACAGCCACAACCACAAGUCCGUCUAUCUAAGUUAUUGUCUCAACAUUCCUCCAAUCUGGCGAUUAGUCGACGAGAAGCCGAACGGUUGAUCCAAGGAGGCCAUGUCACUGUGGCAGGGCAAGUCAUGACAUCUCCUCACUUUUUGGUCGAACCCACCAGGAAUACCGUCAAGGUCCACGGCAAGGUCGUCCAGCUCUUGUCCAGUAGUACUAGUACAAGCGAGACGAAUAGUAGUAAAAUAUGGAUUGUCCACAAACUCAAGGGAGAAUUGGUCGCCGACUUUGAUCCACAUGGACGACCCACCAUGAUGGAACGAUUGAUACGGAGUGGUGUGGGACAGAACAAGAAGCAAAAACUACACAUCAAACCCAUUGGAAGACUCGACAUGAUGACAGAAGGACUCAUGUUGGUCACUACCAGCGGUCGCUAUGCGCGUGACAUGGAGUUGCCAGUCCAUCAACUACACAGAACCUACCGCGUGCGGGUUCAUGGACCACUCACACGAUACAAGAUACAAGCCAUUCAACGAGGAAUUACCAUUACAAACGACGGCACAGGUGGCACUCGAUACUCUCCCAUGAAGGUACAGCUCGAACAACAUCGACAACGACGAUCCUCCACCAAUUCGUGGAUUACAAUCUCCUGUACCGAAGGGAAAAAUCGACAAAUUCGAAAUGUUCUCCAGCAUCUAGGGUUGACAGUGACGCGUUUGAUCCGAAUCUCGUUUGGAGACUAUCAGCUUCAAACCAUUCCACCGGGAAUGGCUGUGGAAGUGCCACUCAAGGAUCUAAACAAACAGGUACACAAGGGACCACUUUUUGGCAAUAGACGAAACAGAAACAGAAUCGCCAAGAAGACACCAAAACAAGAGGAACCAAAGGCAUCGCCGGUGCAAUGGAUACGUCAUUAUCGGUAGUCAGGUUGUGAUACCUCUAGAAUACUGUAAUGUAAUGUGGUUGAUGGACAAGAACGUGACAACUUGCUUCUGCAUCAGUAGAGACAUGGCAACUCUCUUGAGGAUGCGACAGUCUACUAGAGCACGCUUCUUCUUGAUUGUUGCCUGCGGGAGUGCGCAUUGGCCACUUCUCACGAUUAUUAUGAAACAAUAUACUAGUAAUCUUCUGCCCACCAAAGGGCCUACCGUACUAUGGAUCCUGUGUACAAACACAGCAAAUAAGUCCCAAGAAGGAUACCAUGAACUGCCUCCUGCAGGUCAAGGGAUUGACUCGAGGAGACACUGGCACUCGGGGUGGCGCAUUGACAUCAUCCUUCCUACACAUCGGCUUCGGUCUGCUGUAUCACGGAUAUUCACCUUGCGGGACGAGGAGCUGAGGAUGAAGAAAGCCUACUAGUACUUGGUCUCACGACCGGACACAAUCACUGGCUAGCUGCUCAAUUGUUGCCCAGUUAUAUACUAUUGCCACAGCCACUCCCCAGUUGCUUGCUAGACAGGUAAGCGGCUGAUAUUGUCUUCCGCAAUAACGAGACUGUCUUUUGUAUAAUCAUGAUUUAUAUAUAUGCA